CUCAAGACUGUCAGUGCUAGCCGAGCCGCCAGUCAAGACGGACGCCGGCCACUCCACGCCCCGACACCGCAGUCACGCGAUCACUCGACAACAAAACACACGAAACUGCAUAUAAAAAUUGAGAGAAAUUUUGGUGCAUGCUGAGAAUUAUUAGGAGCUUCUGCAACAUGAAACCGCCGGUAAACGCCACCCUCCUUCACGAUGUCGACAUUCCGACGAAGAAAGCCACGUUCGGCAUGGGGUGUUUCUGGUCUAACGACUCACUGUUCGGUGCGACGCCGGGCGUCAUCCGGACCAGAGUCGGUUACUCUGGCGGCACCACCAAGAACCCACACUACAGAAGCCUCGGAGACCACACGGAGGUGAUAGAGCUGGACUACGACCCCAAAUCCGUCACCUUCGAGGAUCUGCUGGACAUGUUCUGGGCUAACCACGAGUAUGGACUAACCACCAAGCUAAAGAGACAGUACCAAUCCAUGAUCCUAUACCAUGACGAGGAGCAGCGUGAGGCGGCCGAGGCGUCCCACAAAGAGAUGACGGCGCGGUUCGGCCAGCUGCGCACCGAGAUAGCACCGGCGUCCACAUUCUACCCGGCCGAAGACUACCACCAAAAGUACCGUCUCCAAGGCCACAAGGAUCUCUGCCGGAGCCUGGGCCUGGACUCGGGCAAGCUUCAGACCUCGCACCUCGCGGCGCGGCUCAACGGCUACCUCGUGGGCGUCGGCGGCAAGGCGCAGUUCGAGGCCGAACUCCCUCAGUUAGGCCUCAAUGAGAAACAGGCGGAGUACGUGAGGACUGAGAUUGAGCGUAACGAGGGAGGCGGGCUGGCUUGCUAGCGUGACAAUUGUAGAUAUAGAGAUGAAGAAAGUAGCUGAGGAGAUAUUAAUGCGCUUUAUUAACCCUUUGAACGCCUAUCGUGCGCGGUGUGUCAUUGUGAAGCUUGUCGGAUGAGGUUGAUGUUGGGCUAUAGCCGCGGGCUUCAGUGACGAAUUGGGCGGUCAAAUGGUUAGUGAUUAUUUUGUUUAUGAGAUGUGUAUUUAUGCGCCACGUAGAUACGAGUCAUACUUAAAUUUUGGUGGUAGAUCAUUUGAGAAAUUUGGUGAAAUAAAUUAGGCACAAUCAACACUAAGUCGGUUUAAGCCGAUAUAUUCUAAUAAGAUAUAACCAAAAAUUUAGCUGCAUUAAUCUUAAUAUUUAUCUGUGUGUAUUACCCGUGAUAUCGAUCAAAGUAGUCUUUUGAUUUCAUGAUUUGAGGUUUUGAAAACUAGCACAUCUCUAGGAAAAGCAACCUGAACUUAUCAAAAAUAAUAUCCUAUCCUUAGCUGCUUUCUUCUGCGAUAUUGAGCUAGCCAGAUAAAAGUGGUAUCGUCUUGGGUUGUCCCAUUCGUUUUUCGUCAAGUUCUUAAAUUAGUCCUUUUCUGCUUUCGUCACCCGUUCUACAUUCGUCAUAAUCGUCGGUGGCUUUCAAUGUAGAAUUCGUGACGAAAGCAGAAUAGGACUAAUUUAAAAAUUUGACGAAAACCGAAUGGGACGACCCAUAAAAGUUAAUAUUUGAUAAAGCGCCUCGACAGUUAGGCCCCAUAACUUCUAAAGAUCUAUCGAUUGUCGAGGGUAAAUAUUGUUAAUAAUGGCGCUGGUGAUACGGGGCGUAUUUCGAGCGAUUUGACUAGGUGUACUGAGUUUAUACGGCGAGAACCGGGAAUUUCCGGUUCCGGUAUACUGUAUUUGUAUAGAAAUCCAGUACCGGGAUUACUUCCUAGAUUUGAAAGCCGUGCUUUAGAGCGCCUUCAAGAUCACAUUAUUUAAGGAUCAGUUUUUGAAAUAUUUCGGAUAUUAUUAGAUAACGGAAAUGUUAUCAAAAGCUUCUGCCACUUGUGAAACAGUAGUCUACAAUAUAUUAUGGGAGCAAAAACUGUCGAGGCACUGUAGUCUAUUAGAAUGUUGUUAAAAUGCGAAGGACGCUGUAUUUAGGACAAAUAUCAAUAUUUUAUUAUUAAAAACAUACAAUUUUACGUUGUUGCUUGAAGUGUGGGUAAUUCAUCCCCGGAAGGGAUUAAUCGCAUGGAUUGAAUUGUUUGACCGUUUUGUCCAAAAUCUCUGUGUAGUGUAAUAGUGCCCUGGUUUUAUUAUUUUGUUAUUAAUAAAUUGCAUUUGUUAUCGUACUAGCAUCCGAAUCGCGAAAUAAUUCAACUGACAAUUAUUCUAUAAACCGAAAUAGGUACCACGAGUAUUCGUCGAUUUUUGACUGUCGAAAACCACAAGGGUCAGGCCGCGUAGCCAAGAUGCAGAUCGCUUACGCUCCGUAGCGAUCGAAACGUAACUGUCACUGUCGCACUAAUAUGGAAGAGUGAUAGAGAGACAUAAUGCUUUUCGUUGUCGAAGCGAUAGCGAUUGUAACCUUGGCUAGGCCGGCAGGCAUUUUUCAUUUUCCAUAAUAUAUCGUGUAUCGCACCUAAUGUAUCGUGUGUGCGAUAUCACAUCCGUGGGACCUAGACAUUACUUUUCUACCGGCCCAAAAUGACCGAAAUCGCGUCCAGUUGAUUCAAAAACGCGUUGGGUUGAGGUGAUUAAAAAAUGUCAUCGUUGUCAUUUGGAUUGUUCCGCACUAAGCUUGCAGGUAAAUGAGAAAAACAAUGAAUUGCAUUUUAAGUUUUUUACCGACAUAGGUACUAAUUUGUAAGUAGUUUGCCUCAUUUUACGUACAUUUUUAUGUUAAAGCGUUUUUAGUUUGUCAAAGUUGAUUCCCAGUAUUGUUUUGUUUUAGUUUAGUUUAGGCAUAAAGAUUAUCAUCAUGUGUCAAUCUCAUUAUUAUAUUUUAGUGUAUUCGUAAUAUAAAUGUAUUUUCCCA